AUGCCCUCCAGGAAAGAUUCGGAAAUUUACGGGAAGAAGUCCGGGUCCAAGCGGGCGGCUGAUCAGGGUGGUGCGAUUUUGUCAGUGCAGGGAAUCACUUGGAUCCUUCUGCGAGCGAUUGGCAUAUCAGACCCAAAACUGAUUCAGCUUCUUGCGCCAUUCAACGGUUUAUUUCCAAGCACAGAAGCAGAAUACACCCAGUUGAAGACCAACCUUCGCAGAAUGGGACACAUCCUUGAGAGAACCCCUGGUAAUCUAAGAGAUGGCCUUAGGAGCAGUCAAAUCGCGUCAAGUGCUUUCCUUACGCAUGAUGAACCAUGGAACCCAGAACCAACACAGUGGGGUGCCUGCGCUUCUGAAACCCACGGUUGGUCCGGUGAAUCUGCUUUCGCCGCAUCUGCUUCAUGUUCAUCGGUUGAUGCAUUUGCCACCUUCCAAGAUGAUGACAUUGACACAGAUUCCAACACGAGCUCAGGUGAAUGCAGUUCUAUUCCGGAUGAUGGCCAAGACCCAAAUGCUGUGGCCCAGCGUUUGUUUUGGGCUUACAAGCAAGCCAAACACAAGUGGCGCAAGUAUAUGGGCAAAAGCACCCGAGCUGUUCGCCGCUAUGCAAAGCGUUUUGACCGCAAGAAAGGAAAGGGAAAAGGCAAGAGUGGCAAAUCUGCAUUUCCUGUUGGCAAAGGCAAAGGAAAGAAGGGCAAGCACUUAAUGACAGCCAUGCUAGCCGAAAUGACAGAUGAUGAAGUGCAACAAGCCUUGCCUGCGUUCCGGGGAAAUCGAAGCCCUGGAAAGGGAAAGACAGAUGCCAGCCUCAGAAGCGUCCAGGCUCCCAGCAUUGCUGGGCCUCAGGUCACUGUCUGCUUUAUCAGCCACAUUGAGCAUGCGCGAGGGACUGACUCGAGCAGCGGUGUGCAACCGGAGCCCAUGGUUCUCCGCAUUGAUCCUGGAGGAUCUCGGGUGGAAAGCCGUGCGCUUUUCACUGCAGCAGAUCGGUGUAGGAAAGAUUGCGAACGACUGAAGAAAAUGAAGGCUGCCGGAGAGAAGCCAAAAGUACUGACACUUCCGAACAUUCAGAUGCCGCUGCAGAUGAAGCAUGGCGUAGGAGCCGUGGAUGAAACAAGAGCUAGAGGACGCGCCGCCACACAUGACGGACGCGUGCCUCAGAAGCCACCGCCAGAAAUCAUUCGCCUCCUCAAGUACCGCUCCUGGACCAAGGCAUGCAAUGGCAAUCCUGCUCUUGUACAGUCAGAUGCAUUCGAGUUUGCAUUGCCACGACAUGAGUGCAGAGGUGGCAACUAUGAUGAGCUUAGCCAGGAAGCUGACAAAAUCAGACACCGCUUGUGCACAGUAGCCUUGGAAGCCAUGAUCCAAGCUACAAGCCUGGCCAGAACCGUCAGACUCUGUGACAGCAUCGACGCCGUGGCCGGUGAUCAAGGCGAAGAUAGCAACAGUCACGAUAUCAUUGAAGACAUCAAUGCUGAACGUUUGUCCACUAUUCCGGAAGGUUCCAAUGAAGAUCAAGACAGUGAAGCUGCAGAAGCCAAUUUCGUUUCAUUUGCAUCUGCGCAUUUUUCAGCUCCAAAUAGCCAGGAAGAGCAGGUGUUUUUUCUGCCCGAAUCAGUUUUGUUGACUUUUGGGGCUGUGAACAAGUGGGGUU